AGUUGGAAGUGCAGUGCUACAGAUUGUCCUGAGUGUGAAUGCUUGGGCUUGGUAGGCUGUGUAACAUCAAAGGCCAUGCAACUGGUUUCUUGCUGAUUUCAUCUUAGUCCAGUUAGUGGGUUUUUGUAGUUGAAUGAUGGCUCUUGGACUUACCUUAAUGGUGCUCUACAUGUUGGCAGUUUGCUAUACUGCUGUAGGACUAAGUGUUGGCUUUGACCUUCCUACAAAAUAUGACCAGCAGAGUGGAUCUGCUGGCAGCAGCUCUUGGCCCAGGGAGUUACAAGUGGCAACAACCACUUGUGGCUCUGAUCAAGGCAAAGGUUCCUACCCCACUGGUUCAAUGCCAGGGUCUUGGCAAGGCCUAACUGGUGUCCAGGGAGUUGGUCCUCAGAAGGGCUACCCUGCUGGCCAGGGGCUUGUAUUGCAGCAAGGCUUCACUGUUGACCAGCAGCCAGGGUCUCAAAAGGGCUUUUCCACUGGCCAGGGCCUACCUGGUGUCCAGCAACUACUGCCUCAAUCUGGCUACCCUGUUAGCCAAGGCCUAGCUGGUGUCCAGCAGCUGGGGUCUCAGCAGAAGGGCUUUUCCACUGGCCAGGGCCCAUCUGGUGUCAAGCAACUAGGACCUCAGCAAGGCCUAUCUGCUCUCCUUCAGCUACCAUGUCAGAAGGGCUUCUCCACUGGCCAGAGCCUACCUGGGGUCCAGCAACUACUGCCUCAACCAGGCUACCCUACUGGCCAAGGUUUAGCUUCUCAGCAAGGCCUAGCUGGUGUCCUGCAGCCAGGGUCUCAGCAGAAGGGCUUCUCCACUGGCCAGAGCCUACCUGGGGUCCAGCAACUACUGCCUCAACCAGGCUACCCUACUGGCCAAGGUUUAGCUUCUCAGCAAGGCCUAGCUGGUGUCCCGCAGCCAGGGUCUCAGCAGAAGGGCUUCUCCACUGGCCAGAGCCUACCUGGGGUCCAGCAACUACUGCCUCAACCAGGCUACCCUACUGGCCAAGGUUUAGCUUCUCAGCAAGGCCUAGCUGGUGUCCCGCAGCCAGGGUCUCAGCAGAAGGGCUUCUCCACUGGCCAGAGCCUACCUGGGGUCCAGCAACUACUGCCUCAACCAGGCUACCCUACUGGCCAAGGUUUAGCUUCUCAGCAAGGCCUAGCUGGUGUCCCGCAGCCAGGGUCUCAGAAGGGCUUUUCCACUGGCCAGGGGCUAGUUUCUCAGCCAGGCCUAACCCCUGUCCAACAGUUCGGAUCUUGGAAUUGCCCCACUGUCUCAAAUCUAGGCUUUUUGCAGAGUUACCCUAGUGUCCAGCCUAGUUUUGUUGGCCGCUAUGCUUCCACAGUAUAUGUGGCCUCUGCUGGGCCAGGGUCUCAGAAGGGAUUCCCCGCUGGCCAGGGCCUACCUGGUGUCCAGCAGCCAGGGUUUCAGAAGGGAUUCCCCGCUAGCCAGGGCCUACCUGGUGUCCAGCAGCCAGGACCUCAACCAGGCUACCCUGCUGGCCAGGGCCUGCCUGGUGUCCAGCAGCCAGGGUUUCAAAAGGGCUUCCCUGUAUACCAGGGCCUGCCAGGUGUCCAGCAGCCAGGGCCUCAACCAGGCUACCCUGCUGGCCAGGGCCUACCAGGUGUCCAGCAGCCAGGGCCUCAACCAGGCUUCCCCGCUGGCCAGGGCCUACCUGGUGUCCAGCAGCCAGGGUUUCAAAAGGGAUUCCCCGCUGGCCAGGGCCUACCUGGUGUCCAGCAGCCAGGACCUCAACCAGGCUACCCUGCUGGCCAGGGCCUGCCUGGUGUCCAGCAGCCAGGGUUUCAAAAGGGUUUCCCUGUAUACCAGGGCCUGCCAGGCGUCCAGCAGCCAGGGCCUCAACCAGGCUACCCCGCUGGCCAGGGCCUGCCUGGUGUCCAGCAGCCAGGGUUUCAAAAGGGUUUCCCUGUAUACCAGGGCCUGCCAGGCGUCCAGCAGCCAGGGCCUCAACCAGGCUACCCCGCUGGCCAGGGCCUACCAGGUGUCCAGCAGCCAGGGCCUCAACCAGGCUACCCCGCUGGCCAGGGCCUACCAGGUGUCCAGCAGCCAGGGUUUCAAAAGGGUUUCCCUGUAUACCAGGGCCUGCCAGGCGUCCAGCAGCCAGGGUUUCAGAAAGGGUUCCCCGCUGGCCAGGGCCUGCCUGGUGUCCAGCAGCCAGGGUUUCAGAAAGGGUUCCCCGCUGGCCAGGGCCUACCUAGUGUCCAGCAGCCAGGGCCUCAACCAGGCUACCCCGCUGGCCAAGACCUAGCUGGUGUCCAGCAGCCAGGGUUUCAAAAGGGAUUCCCCACUGGCCAGGGCCUACCUGGUGUCCAGCAGCCAGGGUUUCAGAAAGGGUUCCCUGCUGGCCAGGGCCUACCUAGUGUCCAGCAGCCAGGGCCUCAACCAAGCUACCCCGCUGGCCAAGACCUAGCUGGUGUCCAGCAGCCAGGGUUUCAAAAGGGAUUCCCCACUGGCCAGGGCCUACCUGGUGUCCAGCAGCCAGGGCCUCAACCAGGCUACCCCGCUGGCCAGGGCCUGCCUGGUGUCCAGCAGCCAGGGUUUCAGAAAGGGUUCCCUGCUAGCCAGGGCCUACCUGGUGUCCAGCAGCCAGGGCCUCAACCAGGCUACCCCGCUGGCCAGGGCCUGCCUGGUGUCCAGCAGCCAGAAUCUCAGAAAAGUCUACCCAGUGUCCAGGGACAAGGGUCUCAGCAGGGCAACUGCAGUACUGGGCCCCUAAACCAAAAAGCUGUGGGGUCUUGGCUAGGCUACCCCAGUGCCCAGGGUCUAGGAUCCCUGCAGAAUUCUGGCACCUCAGGUACCUUGGUUUCUAACAAGGUUCCUGGCUUUGUUCAAGCCUUUGCUCCCCAAGUUGCCUCAGGUCUGGGUAGCAGUGGGUUUGUAAAGCAAGAGUACCGUCUUGGCUCAGCUUCUGCUCAAAAUGCCUUGGUCCCUUAGAAGCAGUCGGUUGCAGCAUUUCAUUCCAGGCAACUAAUCUUCCAGCUGAAUUAAGCUGGAAACUGAACGACUUGACUGCCAUCUCUGCUCUUCAGUCCUUUUGUAGGCUCCCAGAGCCUGGCAGCUUUUUCAUUGACUUGUGUGUUUAGGCUUCAAAUAAACUCAUUUAAUGUGUAA